CUAGGACUAACAGCAACUUGAGAAGAGGGUACAUCUCGUCGACUCCAAGAAGGCCAGCAAGACUCGGAACAGCCGCUUGUGCACAGUUCAGGGAGCACCACGUUUUUAGUUAUGACCUACGAUCACGUUUAGCCCCUGGUCAAUGGUCGAGGUGUUAUAAAGAGUGUAAUGGACCUCACCAGAGUCCGAUCGACAUCAGACUGAACUCUGUCCAGUGUAUGGAAUCAGGAGAGGAGGAAUCCCCCAUAUAUGUCUGGUAUAGGCGUCACCAUGGAUACGCUAGAGGAAGCUUCCUCAACAAUGGUCAUUCUUGUGCGUUUUCCACUCAUAACGGAGAUGUGCGUACGUACGGUAAAGUACUGAGGAAUGUUCCGGGCCAGGAAGGUGCCGACUACGUGUUCUCCGAACUUCACUUCCACAUUGGUGCCAACGGAAGUCGCUCCGGAUCUGAACAUCGGAUAAACGGCAAGGGAUUCAGAGGAGAGAUUCACAUGGUUCAUUGGAAGAAGACAGAGGAGUUAAGAACAUACGAGAAAGGGUCCGAAGCCACAGACGGAUUGGUAGCUAUAGGAAUCUUCUUCAAUGUCGUUAGACGUUGUCACACCGAAGCAGAUAGACUUAUAUUGAAGUACGUGUAUCACGCAAGACGGUACGAGGCAGUCAAAGACCCAGCGUUUGCUAACCCGAGUCUUUUACUGCCAGCGGAUGGCAUGUUUUACACAUAUAAGGGAUCUAAAACCACACCACCUUGCAACACCAAUAUCAUUUGGAUUGUAUACAACACACCGACAACCAUCUGCCACAGGAGUUACCGGAUUUUAAUGGCGCUGCAAUCCGCCGAAAUAGGUCACCCGUUCCUGCGUACGUUUGGAAAUGAUCGUCCGAUUCAAAGCAAGGGGACAAACAAUGUACAAGCCAAUUUCCUGAGGUGUGAUUAAGUCGAGCAACGACUAUGUAAUAAAUCUUUCUUAAUGAGUGAUUACAGUUACAUACAGUUUAUCUAUUGUAUCCUUGACAGAUACAUAACGUCACAAAUUAUGGUUAUUAUUGUGCACAUAUACUGUCUCAUUGAAUUCUGUUAAUAAUUGGGUGAUAGAAUAGUAUCAUUCGCCAUUAUUAAA